AUGUACUUCCCCACCCUCGCCAUCUUCACCCUCCUCGGCACCUCCCUGGCCAGCAAGCCCAUCCUCAGGCGCCAGGCCGCGGACCAACAAGUCUCGACCAUCGAGACCCGCAUUGCUGACGUCGCGGGCGUCGAGGCCGCCAUCGCCACGGCCAGCGGCGAGGUGACGGCCUUCAGCAACGCCGUCGCAGCCUUCGACGGCACCACCUCCGAGAACUCGCUCGCCUUCCUGACUUCAUUCAGCCGCCUCGGAAUAUCCGUCAAUUCUGUCUCGCAGACCGUCUUGAUCUCGGGGCUGCUGAAUGUUGCUGACUCGGCCGCUGUGUACCCGGAUGUGGCGCUGUUCACGACCUCGCUCUCACGGGCUGUUGGAGGUGUCCAGGCAAAGUCUGCUGCCAUCAACACCAGUGGCUUUGGUGGCGUCGUAUGCGCAUCCUUGGAGUCUCUGCUUGUCGAGGUGGAACUGCUGCUCGAGACCGUUGAAGCUGUCUUCGAUAUCUCAUACGAAAACCUCAUUGGUGUCCUCGCCGACCAGGUCGACACCCAGUUCGAGGUCGCCCUUGGCGCCUUUUGCCUUGCCUGA